CGUAAAUCAAAUUCUAAUUUAAAAAUAAAAAUAACAAAAGUAAAAAAAUGUCACAAUUCGAAGAUAACGAAAGUGAAAAUAUUUACUUAAUGUUUCAAAAAUCUCAGAUGAUUCGUUCAAAUAUUCAUGGUAUUUCACAAAUUUUGAAUACAGGACUUAGUGCAGAUACUUUGGACAUAUGCAUCAAAUUGAUUGAAGCUGGUGUUCAUCCACAAGCACUUGCUGAAGUUGUAAAUCAAAUACGUAAAGAGGUAGCUGAGCUAAACGAAGAAACUUGAUUUAUAAAAAGUUAAAUAAUAUGUAACUACAUAUUACAUAUGUAUAUAUAUAUUCCAUUUUUCUUUUUGCCUUGAUAUUGAAAUAAAAACCAUUAUUAGAAUUUAAAAA